AUGAACCAUUAUACUCUACCCGGCCGGAAAUCGGGUUUUUGGGAGAGCCGCUUAACAAUGGCGGAUUUACUUCUCUCCUUUCACUUGUCGGAACACUACCCAAUAAUAAAUCCCUCCUCAAACAUUCAACUCAAACCCUAACCCUAAUUGUGAAAAUUCCAAACUCACAAAUUAUAGUUCAUAGAUCAAACGAGAUGGAAACUCACAUGGCUCACCAUCUGUUUGAGAGACGCCCCAUAUACAAGUCCAAAGCUCCUGCUGCCAAAUGGUUCAAAGAAUGGGUCCCGCAAGAUGUUGUAGCAACUGGUGGGAAGUGCUACCUCUUAAAGUGGGUGAAUGAGGCCACAUUAAAAGCUCUGAAGGAGAAGCCCAAAGAGCCAGAAGUACCCGUACCAGAGCCGGAGCCAACUACGGAAGUUCUUUUCCUUUGUAGCUAUGAUGGUUGUGGAAAGACAUUUAUUGAUGCCGGGGCCUUGAGGAAGCAUUCUCACAUCCACGGGGAGAGGCAGUAUGUAUGUCACUAUGAGGGCUGUGGAAAGAAAUUUUUGGAUAGUUCCAAGCUAAAACGGCACUUUCUUAUUCACACUGGGGAAAGAGACUAUGUAUGUCCACAUGAAGGCUGUGGCAAGGCAUUCUCACUGGAUUUUAACUUAAGAUCACACAUGAAAACACACUCCCAGGAGAACUAUCAUAUCUGCCCGUAUCCAGAAUGUGGAAAGCGAUAUGCACAUGAGUACAAGCUUAAAAAUCAUAUUGCAUCUAGUCACCAGAAGAACUCUACACCAGAUGCUCCAAAGUACACCCCACCUGUGGAGAAGCCAAUGAAAACACCGAAAUCUUCUUCAGCGGCGUAUGCCUCAUCAUCGUCUGACCGCCCUUAUAGCUGUCCGUACGAAGGGUGUGACAAAUCUUACAUCCAUGAAUACAAGCUGAAUCUUCAUUUAAGGAACAUGCACCCUGGUCAUUUUCCAGAGGAUAAUGCCAAAAAUGCUCAAUCUACAGCUGACAAUGAUAUGGAUGAAGGCAGUGACCAGGACGCGUAUGCUGCAAAACGUGGAAACGGCAAAAUUCAGAAACAGAGCAGGCCAAAACCAAGCUUAAAGCAACCACCUUUAAAAGUUGCACGCAAAAGCUCUAGUGCUUCUCCAGCCAAUAUCAGUAUAGCAGCGAAGAAGCCCUGGCCUGUUAAAGAAGAGAACUACAAUGAAGAAGAUAGUGAAGAAACAGAAGAGGAGCGGGAUGAUGUUGGGGAUGGAUGGAGAUAUGGUGAAAACGAUGACGACGACGAAGAGACUGAAGAAGAUGAGUAGGCUUAUUUCGUACAUAUUCGGGUACUAUGUCUUGGGAUAAAUGGUUGUCACCGUCUAGAAAAUGGAAUAAGACCUUGUUAUUGCUGUACAAUCAAUCCCUUUGACUUUUAUGAAGCACAAGGUUUCGGUAUUCGCACACCCCACCCUCUCUAAUCCUCUCUCAGCAUAUAGUACAUAUGAUGGAACUUGGAGCUUUGUGUUAUUGUGCAAGCUUCUUACUCAUUCAGUUAUUUCAUAUAUUGAAAUAUCCUAUUUUGUUA